AUGUCCAUUCUUGUUUGUCAUGGUCAAGAUCAAACUGUCACCAAGAGAAACGAGAGUUUCUGUCCAAAAGGCGACAUGGGUGGGUUGAGUUUCUUGCAAUCUAUGUCCGAUAUCACCGCCAUUGUCGGAAACAGAGAGGAUAAAGCUUAUGUUCAUCCGACCGAGAAACGCUCUGUUUCUAAGCUCAACGAGAAAAGCUUAGAGAUGUGCACUGAGAGCCUCGGAACCGAAACAGGAAGCGAGAGUGGAGACGAUUUGUCCUUGCUUGCUUUUGAAGCAACCAUUACUUCUAGGGUUCCUUCUCCUCCUCUUCAUCCAAAACCUCAAGAAGAAGAAGACACUAACUUGCUUGCCAAGAAAUCGAAGAUGAGUCGCAACAACAGUUUCCCGCGACCUAUAAAGUUCGUUGAAGGAUCAAAGUAUAAUCGUAUGGUGAGAUCUUUGGGAGAAGAUGGUCGUCUUGUUGUUCAAGCAAUUAGGGUUUCUUCUCCACCUCCUUGCUUUGUAGCGGAACGUGGUGAAGGAAGGCUUCGUCUCUGUUUAUCGCCGGAAACAGAUGCAAGGAGAAUGGUCGUGAGCCUAAACCAAUGCUUACUUGGAAGCAGCAGCAGUUUUGGGUCACCACAUAAGACUUAA